AUGCCUCAAGUCCCCGAUCUUCAAACCCAAGACCAGCGCAACAAGGCGCAGUCUGUUGAAACGAACAAAUUAACAACGGUCCUCUCGAAGCGCAUCAACGACCUGCCCCGUGCCGGUCUUGAUAUACCUACGCACGACAAAGAUGCCUUUGAGGACGAGGCGGACGAGACGGUCAAAGGGCCCAAAAUUGCCCAGAUGCUUGAGACGUCAGGCAACACUCUUGCUCAUUGCAAGAGGAUAGUUGAUCGGCGAAAUCAAGUACACGAUCUUGUCAAACAGACCACCGAAUCUUUGGAAGAACGGGUCCAAAGCGCUCAACAAACCGCAUUGGCAAUGUCCGAUAGACCUCCACUCCCAAAGUCACGCUUGGAAGCACUGCUGCCCGUGCUGCAGUUUAUCCUCUCCCACGAAGAGGGCAGAAAGACGCUCAAAAGUCUAGCACCUGACUUGUCUGCUCAGUUGGGCGUUUCCACCCAGGAUGGCCAAGCCCUCAUUCGAGCCGAGAGAGUUAACGAGUUGACGGAGCUUCUACAAUCACGAGAUGAUGAUUUGCAAGUCGCGCGUGCGGAGCGGGACAAUGCUUUGGCUAAUGCAGAUAGGAUCAAGGCACAGCGGGAAGACUGGAAAACCGCGUACCAAGACCUUGUGGAGAGGCACGAGGAGAGAGCAAGCUUGAAAGCCCACAGAGCCGAGAAGAAACAAAGCGAUCUCGAUAUGACAAGGAUGAGGGAGCUGCUGGCCCGGAAAGAAGAGGAGAUUCGAUCCAAGACCGAGUCGAUGGAUCUUGGCGAAAUCGAGCUCAACUUACUGAGGACACAAGUCGAUACCGCCAAUAAGAAGCUGGAAGAAGCCAAACAAGAGGCCGAGGCAGCAGCUGCCGAAACCACGACGUUAAGAGAAGAACUCGUCAAAACUAUGCGAGGGUCCAAACACCUCGAAGAUGUUUCCAAAAAGCUCGUAGCCUCCGAGAACCAGUUGACCGAAAGGCUCAACCAACAUGAAACACGAACCAAGGCGCUAUUGGAGGCUACUAUAAAUUCGUCGGUGAGCAAGGAUGACUUGUUGUCCUUUCUGACAAUUCUAGACGAUUCUUUGGUACCUCCCACCACGGCGGAUGAGCCUAGUACAUGGGAUAUUCAGGCUUGGAACUUUCCAGGACCCGAACAGAUAGUUGUUCCUACCAGUGCCGAUGGUAUCCUCAUAUGCCUUUACACGAUGCACCCGGUCAUCCCUUAUCCUGUUCUCGUUGCCCACCUGUCGCAACUUGCGCGCCUUUUGGCGACGGCCGAUGGGUUAGUGGCAUCGCCGCCCUCGCACUUUUUCCAAGUGGCAAACGUCGCCAACCAACGCUGGGGUGGUUUUGGGUUGGACGUUUCUUUGCUUCCAGCUGAACUGGCCCCUGUAUGGGAAGCUUUGGAGAAAAGCGAUCUCACCAUCGCCGCUCAAGGAGAUUUCCGCAUUUAUGGAGACGUCCUAAGAUGCAAGACGAUAGGGCACUUUGGAUCGACCAAUGCGACCGCCUGGUAA